AAGAUUUAGGAAGUAGCAAAGUUUACAAAUAUCAUAAAUUUACAGAGGCUCACAAUUGAUGAAAUGUAAGCCAAAAACUCUCUGUCAGAAAUAUAAUGAAUUUGUUUGGACUAUCAACGGACAAGGGAACUUCAGUUCCACUGAAGUCCAUUGACGUGAAUGUGACAAUCAAUGGCUACCUGGCCGAUGUGGUAACCAGUCUGGGGUAUUACAACAGCGAGUAUGACCCAGUCGAGGCGAUGUUCACGUUCCCUGUUGAUGACGGGAGUGCCGUAUACCAGUUCGAGGGCAUGAUUGAUGGGCGUCGAGUUGUUGCUGAGAUACAGGAAAAGGAACAGGCUAUUCUAACAUAUGAAGAUGCUAUGCAGAGUGGAAAGUCAGCCAUGUUGCUUAAAGAAGAUACAAAAAGCAGCGACACUUUCCAAUGCAUGCUUGGUAAUCUGCCUGCGGGCAAGGAAGCAGAACUGAGGCUGUCAUACGUGAAUGAGCUGCCACAGGAGGAGGAUGGGAGAGUGAGGUUUACACUACCUACAGUGCUGAACCCACGCUACUGUCCAGAUGCUGGUUCUUCGAGCGUUGCUGCAGAGGGGGCUGACUAUGUACCUCCCAGUUCCGUUCCAUACAAUUUCAAGAUGACCGUUACAAUAGAAGGAUACCAUGGGAUUAAGGCUGUUUCUUCUGACAAAAUCUCAUUGGAUGUCAAGUUAGAGUCAGGCGGGAAAUUGGCUCGGUUUGAGAUUGGGGAGGAGUUUAAAUUUGACCAUGAUCUUUGUCUGCUGGUGGAAUAUGCCGAGCCCUUCGCUCCGCAGGUUAUCCUGGAAAAUGGAGACCCGGAGAAAGAGGGUCUACUAAAGGAAGACAUGCUAAUGGUGAGUUUCCAUCCCGAACUCAAAGAGGUUGCCAUGGCAACAAGUGGAGAAUACGUCUUCAUCAUUGAUAGAUCAGGAAGUAUGGAUGGUAGCAAUAUGAAGAAUGCAAAGGAGGCGUUGCUUCUGUUCUUGAAAAGUUUGCCUGUCGGUUGCUACUUUAAUGUAGUCAGCUUUGGAUCAAUGUACGACUGUCUGUUUAACGAGAGCAAGCAUUACAGUGAACGGACUCUGAAUGAAGCCCUUAUGGUCCUGGCCAAUAUGGAUGCAGAUAUGGGUGGCACAGAGAUAUACAAGCCACUAGAAUAUGUCCUCAGAGAGAAAGUACAACAACAACCAAGGAACGUGUUUCUUCUGACAGAUGGGCGCGUGGGUAAUACCGAGCAGGUGAUUGGGCUGAUUAGCAAGCACUCGUAUGACACCAGAGUGUUUGCCGUUGGAGUGGGAAGUGGGGUGUCCACUUUCUUAGUGAAUGGCGUGGUGCGAGCAGGAAAGGGCCUCGCAGAGUUUAUCGCUGAUGAUGAACGCAUCCAACCCAAGGUUGUUUCCCUGCUAAAAUGUGCCAUGCAGAUGGCAGUAACGAACAUAGAGCUGACCUGGGACCUGCCCCCAGGGGUGACUCCGAUUUCUAUACCAACAGAUCUCCCUGUAAUGCUGACGGUGGGGCAGAGGCUAACUUUUUUUGCCAUGAUUCAACGGGUAGAUGUGCAUACAAUUUACGCCACCAGCAAGCUCACCUUGAAAGGUAAACAAGACAACAACCCUGUGACCUUUGACCUUCUGUUCACGCUAUCAGAGAAUGAAAACUCAAGCGCCACUGCCCCCGUCCAUCGACUAGCAACCAAGACUCAAAUCAAGCUUCUACAGGACGAGGAGGCAGCUUUGUGUGUCGAGAUAAAAGAUGAUUACUACAAUCCAAAAGAAAAUAUUGAAAAGGUUGAAGAAAUAAGGAAUAAGAUCGUUGGUGUGAGUCGGCAUGGUAACAUUGUGUCGAAGUACACGUCAUUUGUUGCCGUGGAUACAGAGGGUGAGCAGCUCACAGGUGAACUGAAGACGAGGCAAUGUCCAGUACCCACAUCUAGCGAGGAGUUCUUGGAGGGCAUUGACCCGGAAAGGAGGAAUGCAAGACUCGAAGCAUCGUUACUUGAAAUGAAUUGUAAAGCACAGGAAAUGGAAAUGAGAUGUAAAGCAGAGGAAAUGGAAAGGAGAAAUGCAAGACUCGGAACAUCGUUUUUUGAAACAAGAUGUUGUAAAGAGAAAAUGCACUCGGAGAAUAGAAGGGAUAACUUUUGGGGGAAAUACAUGAAGCCGAUGAGCAUUGAUCCAUCUGAUAUUGACCGUGAUAGUGAGUCGUUAACUUUAAAAUCGUAUAUUCCUCAUGAUGGUGGUGCAGCUAGACGUUUGGAAAAAGAAAAAAAAAAGAAAAAGAAAAGCAAAGGUCUUGGCUUGAGCGGUGGUCUCAACAAAUCAAAGAACAUGGUACCUUCCUUUCAAAGUAAAAAGAAGAAAGGCUCUUCUAAACCAGAAGAUCUGGAUAUUGAAGAAGAUGAUUAUGAAAAAUUACAACAAGAACCACAUAAACCAGGAACGAAUAGAGAAGGUGUAUCAUCAGAUGAGGUAAUGUUGAACGUGAUCACCUUACAGAAACUGGGUGGGAACUGGUCAAACACUACCGAGCUGGCCAGUUUGCUGCAAAUCCCGGAAGAUCGGCUAAAAUCUACAGACAUCAUCAAGGACUGUGAUGUGCUGGCGACACUGAUAGUGGUGAGCUGGUUGCGGAGUAAGUACACCCACCGACAGGAGGAAUGGCAGAUGAUCGAGACAAAAGCUCUCGCCUGGCUCGGGCAGCAGAACCUGGAGAAACCAGUAGAGGAACUACUAUCACUUGUGGCUGAUUCAGUCCUGAACGUUGUUUAAUGUUAAAACACAACUAUUUUCCGCUUUGUGUUGUUGGGGUGUCGUGAAGUACUAGAAAUAAGUGUUAUUUUCGAGUGCCAAUUGGUCAAUUAACUAAAGCUUCAUGUCGCAACUUAACUUGAGCAAGUGAUCUAUAUGUUAUUCAAUAAAUACAGAUUGAGGAGCAUUAACAAGGCUUUCCAUUUCCAAGCAUAAUUUGAAAGCGGAGAAAAGGUUAGGUAUUUAUUUUUUAAUACUCUUUUCGCCGAGAGUCUUAACGAAUAAUAAUUAUGUAUUGUAUAUUUAAACAUGUGUGGAUUUGAAUGUUGUAAAUUUCUUAUGAAACAUUAAUGUUAUGAUACUUACUAUAAGUAGCAGCUAUUGUUAUUUAUAGCUUUUUUAUUUUAUUCAUUGAUUUUCACAUCAAAGACUUAAUAGUACGAUCAAUAGUUAUAGUCAUACUAUUUCGUAUAAUUGUAUUAUUUGUAAAUAUAUUUCUGCCAUAUUUUUUUAGUUUAUUCGUGCUUGUUGCUGUUGCAUGGUUAAGGUUUUAUUGUAAUCAGAUUCAGGUUGAGGUCGGCUUCAAGUGUUUUAAACGAGGUUAAGAUGACCGUCAGAUUUAGCUCUUAGACGACCGGCAGAUUUAGCUCUUAGACGACCGGCAGAUUUAGCUCAAAUCCACGUGUAUUUGUUUAUCCUGUGCUUUGAUAUCUAUAUAAUUAUUAUGCAAGAGUUAUGAACAUUCCAAUCGGAGUGACACGUUAUACCCAUACAGGCUUUUCAUUUGACAGUGUCUUUUUCUGCGCUAUUUGUACAUUUAUUAAUUUCAUCCACAUCCUUUACUGAUUCCAGUUGUCAUGUUCAUCAUUAUUUUUUCCGAACAUAACAAGUGUUGAGCUAUGAGGCUAUAUUUCAACUAAUUGUCAUUAAACAAAGAUUUCUUAUAUUUGUGUUUACUAGCUUGACUGUUUCUUUAAGGUAUUUGAUACCUUCUGCGUCGUUGUCUUUGGCAGUGGGCAAAAACUUGAACGUUGGCCAUUACUAAGAACAACUGUACACGAAUAUGUUUCCAGCUACAAUAAAUUCUUUCGAAACAAGGCCCAUAACUCUAGCUUUAAAUAGUUAUGAACCUUUUUUCAACGAAAAUACUAUACAAUAUAGACAAUCGUUGGCAUCCAGUCUUGGUGCUUUUUCAUUUUUAGUUAAAUUGUUUACUGUAUCAAAUGAAAGUCUGCGAGUGAAUUAUCUAAUUGCCAUAGACUAUGUUUGAUUUUUUAGUGUAUCAAGGUCGGCCUCUGCAUUUUGGCUGCAGUAUGGCGCGACCCUGACUUGACCACGACUCAAAUUGUGUCGAGAUAUAAACCAUCGUAGUUCCAGGUCCCAGUCGAUAUUGGACAAAAACAAGAAAUUACAAGAGAUGUCUUAGACAAUAGUUCAGUUCUGAUUUAAGCGUAUAUUCCAACUUAAAAGUUUAUCUUGACUGGUAUUGUUUUCCCUACAGUGGUCCUAUGUUGCUUCACCCCUUCGGAAACUGGUUGUUCAUCAUUUUAAGCCAAUGGUGACUUUAAGGGUUUGAUCAUGAAUACAGCUGUUUUAUAUAUUAUGAUAUAAGAAACAAUACUAUGUAACCUACAGUUAUUUAUAUGAUUGUUGUUAAAUGUUGCCAGCCUUGCUUUAACUUCAUUUCUGCUCUAUAGUGUAAAUAAACAUGGAUUUUCAA